AUGAGAUGUUCUUGCUUCAUUAAUGUUUCCUCUCUGUUUGUUUCAGAUCCUGGUCCUCCAUUGAUCCGUCUCAACUCAGACUUCCUGCCAAACCAAACCGAGGUGGUUCUGACCGCCGGCUCCGCCUUCAACCUCACUUGUCACAGUAACGGUUCGGUCCGCUGGUCCGCCACUGCGUUCCGCUUUCUGUACGAGGAGCAGCUGCCGGACCUGUUGAAGGUCGAUAGGUCAGACCCCAGACAUACUGGGACGUACUACUGUGGGUACACCAACCGCAGCCUGGAGCACCUGGACACCUGGGUCCACCUGUACGUCAAAGAUCCCGCCAACCCGUCCAGCGUGUUUGUCAUGCCUCGCUACGCCGACCGCAGCACCAAAGAGGGGGAGGACUUCCUGUUCAAGUGUCUGCUGACUGACCCGUCGGUCACAAACCUCACCCUCGAAUUAGAGGGCGGCGCUGGGCGGGGCCUGCCCCGCGGCAUGAAUGUGACCUUUGACCCCCGGCGUGGAGCACUGAUCCGACACCUGGAGACGAGAUUUAAGGGACGCUAUGUUUGUUCAGGCUGGAAACACGGAAGACAAGUCAAGUCCACCGCUGUCAACCUGCUGGUGGACCACAGGCUGCGUCGUCCUCCCUCCCUGUCUGUCAGUCAGGAGGAAUUUGUCCGUCUGGUUGGGGAGCAUUUUGAGGUCACCUGUCUGACCAGUAACCCAAACCACUUAUACACCACCAAGUGGACACAUCCCCAGACAAAGGCGGCGAACAUUAACAUCAGCCAACGCUAUAUCGACAGUGUUCUGUACAUCAACAGGACACUGACUGUUGCUGCUGUCAGUCUGACAGACAGCGGACCGUACACCUGUACCGCUAGCAAUGAGGCUGGUGAUGCCACGGCAACCAUACAGCUCAGAGUUCUGGAUCAUCCUUACCUUAGGAUCUACCUGCAGCAGCAUGCUGGGGCCCUCGUUGCUAACAUUAGCAGCAUGUCGUUGGAGGUGGAAGGGGAGAUAGACACUAACAUUAGCAACAGUUCAAUGGAAGUCAUGGAAGCAAAAAGGGAACUGGUUGCUAAUGUUAGCACAAACAGAAUGGGAUUGAAUGGGGCUAGCAAUGCUAACAUUAGCAGCAGCAGGGUGGAGGUGUAUGAAAGUCAAGAUGUGAUGCUGACCUUUGUGAUGGAGGCAUAUCCUCCAAUCAGGAACCAGCGCUGGAUGACACCAACACACGUCAACAACAACAACAACACAGUGUAUCAGGAGCGCUAUACCACUAACGGCUACAGGUCGGAGGCGAGCCUGUUGCUGCGGCGGGUCCAUCAGGAGGAAAGAGGCCGAUACUCAUUCCACUUCUCUAAUUCGUUCUUCAGCGGCCCCCUGAACAUCGACCUCCGAGUUUUCCGUUCUCCGAGUGUUCGCAUCACUCUGGAGAACAACACUCUGACCUGCAGAAGCUCUGGAUAUCCACUACCCACAAUCCUUUGGUACACCUGCACCGGGGUCAAAGACACGUGUGGAAACGUCUCCACCUAUCAGGUCUCCCCGACUGAUGUGAGAUCACAGGAGGAGGGGGAGGAGCAGGUGAGGAAACACCUGCCCCUCCGUCUGUCAGCUCAUGAUGAUGACGUCACCGUGGAGUGCGCCGCCCGUAACAGCAGGGGGGAGUCACAUGACGUCUUCCAUCUUCGUUCUGCAGGACAUCCCAAAGCUCUGAUUGGUGCUGUGAGUGCUGCUGGUGUUCUCCUCCUGCUUUUAUUGGUCGUCUUUUACAAGUGGAAACAGAAACCCAAAUAUGAGAUUCGCUGGAAGAUCAUUGAGAGCACCGACGGCAACAACUACACCUUUGUUGACCCCACCCAGCUGCCGUACAACUACAAGUGGGAGUUUCCCCGAGACAAACUCCGCCUCGGUGCUGUUUUGGGUUCAGGGGCGUUUGGGAAGGUCGUCGAGGCGACGGCGUACGGUCUGGGAACUGACAGCAACGUCACCAGAGUCGCCGUCAAGAUGCUCAAACCGAGCGCGCACUCGGAGGAGCGGGAAGCUCUGAUGUCGGAGCUGAAGAUUCUCAGCCAUCUUGGUUACCACGACAACAUCGUGAACCUGCUGGGCGCCUGCACUCGCGGAGGACCCAUGCUGAUGAUCACUGAGUACUGUAGCCACGGCGACCUGCUCAACUUCCUGCGGGGCCACGCUCAGGACUUCAUGGCGUCCAUUCUGAGCGUGGACGAAGUGGAGGGGGAGGCGUUCUAUAAGAACAUGGCUGCCCAGCACGCCAGGCUCAGGAGUGACAGUGGGAUCUCGUGCUGUUCAGAGUAUCAGGAGAUGCAGCCGAUUAUGAGUCCAGGACAGAAACACUUGGGUGUGCAGAAAGACAGUCUGUCUAUCGGUGACCUCAUGAGGUUUUCCCACCAGGUGGCUCAGGGUCUGGACUUCCUGUCGACCCGAAACUGUAUCCACAGAGACGUAGCGGCGAGGAACGUGCUGCUGACUGAUUGUCGUGUUGCAAAGAUCUGUGACUUCGGUUUGGCGAGAGACAUCCGCAACGACGACAGCUACAUCGUCCAGGGCAACGCCCGUCUCCCGGUGAAGUGGAUGGCUCCAGAGAGCAUCUUUCAGUGCGUUUACACGGUUCAAAGUGACGUCUGGUCCUACGGAGUCUUACUGUGGGAGAUCUUCUCUCUGGGUAAGAGUCCCUACCCGAAUGUCGCCGUGGAUACCAACUUCUACAGGAUGAUCAAAGAUGGCCGCCACAUGGAUCGGCCAGACUUCGCACCAGCAGAGAUGUAUCAGCUGAUGACGCUCUGCUGGAAUUUGGAGCCCACAGACCGACCGACGUUCAAAAUGAUCGGUCAGCUCAUUAACAGGCUCCUCCCCUCCGCCAAUGACACGUCGCCACAUCAUGGCGAGCAGCUGACAUACAGGAACAUCGACGAGUGCAGAGAAGAAGAGGAAGAGGAGGAGGAGGAGGAGGGGGUCAGAGGAGGAGACUCACUAAAGAGAGGAGAAGAAGAAGAGACCUGCGAAGAAGAUGAGGAGGAAGAGGAGCAGGCGCUGAUGAAAAACAUCUACCAGCUGUCCUGAUGCUGGUGUCCAAUCAGAAUGUGUUUGUUGGAUAAACAGUUCUCUAUUUUUGUAAAGGAAAGUCUUCUCAUGAUGAAGAGUAGUGAUCACAUGACUCUGUUUGUUUUUCAGCCCAUUAAUUAUAAAGUUCCUACAGAAAAAGCAUCAUGUGUAACAUUAAAGCUGUCAGUCAAUCAAACCACCACAAACUGCUGACCUCACAGUCAAUCUGGGACUGAGGGGCCCCUCAGGGUCCCGGGCUACCUAGGGUCCCGGGCCCACCAGUAUCCCAGGCUAUCCAUGGUCCCGGGGCCCCCCAGGGUCCCGGGCUACCUAGGGUCCCGGGCCCACCAGUAUCCCAGGCUAUCCAUGGUCCCGGGCCCACCAGGAUCCCAGGCUACCCGGGGUCCAGGGCCCCCCAGGAUCCCAGGCUACUCAGGGUCCAGGGCCCCCCAGGGUCCCGGGCUACCCAGGUUCCCGGGCCCACCAGGUUCCCAGGCUAUCCAGGGUCCAGGGCCCCCCAGGAUCCCGGGCUACCCAGGAUCCCAGGCCCCCCAGGAUCCUAGGCUACCCAGGGUCCAGGGCCCCCCAGGAUCCCAGGCUACCCGGGGUCCAGGGCCCCCCAGGGUCCCGGGCUACCCAGGUUCCCCGGCCCACCAGGGUCCCAGGCUAUCCAGGGUCCGGGGCCCCCCAGGAUCCCGGGCUACCCAGGAUCCCAGGCCCCCCAGGAUCCUAGGCUACCCAGGGUCCAGGGCCCCCCAGGGUCCUGGCCUACCCAGGUUCCCGGGCCCUCCAGGGUCCCGGGGCCCCGGCGAGGCAGCCUGCAGUGGAUCGUUGGUGAUCCAGUUUCACUUUCUACAGAAACUGUGACGCUAAAAAUAAAACUUUAAUUCAAAGAUUCUAAACAAACAUUUAAAAAGAGACAAAAUUAUAUUUUGAACCAAACUCUGUAACAUUUUCUAAGUAUUUAAAAAACAACAACACUGUUAGAAGGACAUUAACCAACGUCGGCUUCAUUCUAACUUCACCUCCAUCUGAAAAACACUGAAUUCACUGAAGAUACUUUAACCACCAACAAAACACUCACAACUUUUUAUACGUAUUUCAAAAACCGCUAAAAUUUAUUUUUAACAAGCCACCAACCAAAACCACAAUAUUGCACAUUUUAUUCUGACAGUAUUGUUCCUACAUUAUAAAGUUCAGGAUGUUCUUAUGAUCGUGUUCAGCAGCUUUUAGGAUCCAUGUUGGUCAAACUUUCACUCAGCUCUACAGAGAUCUGUCUGAAUUUUAUUCUUCACAUUUUGUUGGCAAAGUUUUUUUUUUUUUAAGUUUUUAAUUAUGGAAACAUUUAAUCAACAUAUAUGUUUUGAUAAUCUGUGACUUUUUAUUAUGAUUUUUUUUAUGAAUCUGAUUAUGUUCUAUAUGCUCUCCUCUGUGAUUGGUCAGAAUUGUUUUUAUAUGUGUCACUUGUGUUUUUAUGACGAGUGUGAAAAUAAAUUCUUUAAUCAGA